CACAAAAACUAUUCCAAAAAACUAGCUUUACCCUUUUGCACAUGAACCCCAUAUAUAUAUUAAACCCCCUAGCUACACUUGAUCCCAAAACCGAAGUCUUUGAAAAAACACAACCAUUUUCUUGAUCAUAAAAUCUUUGUCAUAAUGGUUAACAAGGGUGUGGGUGCAUUUGUCUGUCUUCUCAUUAUCGCAUUGGACAUAACCGCCGGUAUACUCGGUAUCAAAGCGGAAGCCGCCCAGAAUCAGGAGAAGCAUUUAAGGUUAUGGCUAUUUGAGUGCAAAGAACCAAGCCAAGAAGCAUAUAGGCUUGGAUUUGCUGCAAUUGUGCUAUUGAUAAUAGCUCAUGUGUUGGCUAAUUUGCUAAGUGGUUGCACUGCUUGUAGUCAUGAAGAGAUCCAUAAAGCUUCAACUGGCAGACAAUUGUCAUUGCUAUCUCUCUUCUUUACAUGGAUAAUAUUGGCAGUUGCAUUGGGGAUGCUAGUAAUUGGGACCAAAGCAAACAGCAAAUCGAAUGCAUCGUGUGGACUAUCACAUCAUCAUUUUCUUUCUAUUGGAGGGAUUUUGUGUUUCGUUCAUAGCCUCUUUUCAAUUGCUUAUUACGUUACUGCCACUGCUUCAAUCCAUUAAAAUUAAAGUCAAAAAAGCUUAAAUUCUUUUUGGACUUUUUUUUCUCCCCACUAAUCAAUAUGUCUACUUUUUUUUUUUUUUUUUUUUAUUAUCUUGCUUUUAGUCUUUUUACCCAUCCCUAUACCUUGUUUCAUGGGAUCUUUUUCAUGAUAACAAGGUGACUAAUUUAUCCUUGUCUAAUGUCCUGGAAAUUUCAAGUUUUGAAGCUAGUGUGUGACAUUGUGAUUGUUCAUUUCAUUUUUUUGUAUUAAUAUCAAUUAAAACCAAUGUGUGGUAUUAUAGUGGAGAUUAUGAUUGUAUUGGAUUGUUAAUUUCAAUGAGUACUUGUUUUUAUGAUGA